AUGGAAACAGCCACAAAUAGCCCCGAGAUGGGUGACUGCAAGAGCGCCAUCAAGAUAGCGAAGGACAAUGGCCAAAAGCCACCACAAAAGCAUGAUAGUGAAGAAGGCUUAAGCUCUGAGCUUAUCUCUGCUGGCUCAGAAAACCUUCAUCGGAGAUUAGGUGGCAAAGAGGUUCAGAUGUUGGCGGUAGGUGGUGCCAUUGGAACGUCUCUGUUCGUACAGAUGGGAGCGAGCCUCCCAAAGGGUGGCCCGGCUGGCCUUUUCUUAGGGUUUGUUGUGUAUGGAACCGUUAUCUGGAGUGUCAACCAAUGCUUUGCCGAGAUGGUUACCUAUCUCCCAAUAGCUUCUCCUUUUGUUCGUUUAGGUGGAUUCUGGGUUGAUGAUGCCUGGGGCUUCGCCAUGGGUUGGAACUACUUUUUUCUUAUGGCAUUUGCUAUUCCAUACGAAAUAACGGCAAUCAACGUACUUCUUACUUACUGGACUGACAAAGUUCCGGUAGUUGCCGUCGUGGUUAUUUGCUUAGCGAUUUACGCGGGACUAAACGGACUCGCCGUUAAAUAUUUCGGAACUGCUGAGUUCUAUAUGGCCAUCUUCAAGGUCUUCCUCAUGAUGGGCCUCAUUUGCUACACCUUUAUCACCAUGGUUGGCGGCAACCCGGACCAUUGGGCGUAUGGAUUUACCUACUGGAAGAAUCCUGGCGGAUUUGUUGAGUAUCUUGUUCCUGGAAAUACUGGACGGUUUCUUGGAUUUGUUUCUUGCAUAAUCCAGGGCUCUUUCACCAUGGUUGGCCCCGAGUUCAUCUCCAUGACAGCUGGUGAAGCUGAAAAUCCUCGGAAGUUGAUGCGGAGGGCUUUUUCCUCUUUUGUCUGGCGUCUACUCAUCUUUUUCCUGGGUGGCGCUCUAUGCGUCGGUAUAGUCAUUCCAUAUGAUGAUGCUCUUUUGCUUAAGUAUAUCAAUGGAACCGAGGGUAGCACUGGGGCUGCAUCUCCCUACGUCAUCUCGAUGGUCAAAUUUGGAAUCAAGGGUCUCCCCGAUUUGGUCAAUGCUCUAAUUAUGACAUCCGUUCUUUCAUGCGGAAACAACGUUGUCUAUUCAUCUAUCCGUACACUUCACGGACUUGCAGCCGAUGGCAAGGCACCGGCUAUCUUCGCCAAAUGUAACAAAUUUGGUAUACCGGUUUAUUCCGUCAUUGCAGCGCUUGCAUUUUGUCUCCUUUCGUUACUUCAACUCAGCAACGCAUCUUCCACUGUGCUAGAUUGGCUUGUGGGGAUAUGUACUGCGUCGUAUAUGAUCAACUAUUUUGCAACGAUAGUGACGUAUUUGCAUUUCUACGCCGCGCUGAAACACCAAGGCAUUGAUAGAAAUACCUUGCCAUACCGAGGAUACCUCCAGCCUUAUGCAGCGUACUAUGCUGCUUUAAUGACAUUUGUUGUGGCUUUCAUCCUCGGAUAUACUGUUUUUAUGGACGGCCACUGGGAUGUCACCACGUUCUGCACAUCCUAUUUGAUGAUUGGGUUCUUUAUAGUCGCUUUUACUGUGUGGAAAGUCUUCAAGCGUACAAGAUACAUUCGGCCAGGGUAUGCAGACCUUCAGCUUGGAGGCAUUAAGGAGCAGAUUGACAUAUACGAGGCGCUUUACGAGCCACGUCCAAGAAGCAGAUUUUCUAGCUGGCUGAACAGCUGGUUUGAGUAG